CAAUUGGUUUGCUUCCUGCAUUUCAGAAACAGGACAAGGAUGGGAGAAUACUACAAACGAAAUUGCAGCACUUGCUAUUCUCCUAAACUUCUUUGCAUACAUGUCCCUUCAUCUGCUCAGGACUCCCCUUUAAUGAAGGAUUUGAAGAGAGGACAGAGAGGCUACUUUUACAGCAUUAUGAGAAUAUAUGACAGCAAGGCACCGAGGGAAAUGUUGUACCAUCGGUAUGCGAUCAAUCUCCAGCGCCAGAACGUGCUGGGGCUCAUCACAAAGCAGCAAGUCGAAUAUUAUGCCUCCUACCUGAAAGAUUCGAAGUCCUGCCGAGGGUCAAGGCUGCCGACAGCACCUCCUGGGAAGGCAGACAGCAGGAAGACUCAGCUGGGGUCCUUUAAUUAA